AUGCAAACAGUUGAUGCUUCCUUAAACAGUGCUAUAAUUGUCACAUUUGUUAUUGAAGAGAAUGCAGUGAUUGGCUCUGAAGUUGGAAGAAUUCAACUAGAACCUGAAGUGGAUAAAUCCAGUCACCAGUCGAGUAACAAUAAAGACGGAAAGAAUAGUCAGCUGACAUUCACUUUACAGGAUACAUUUUACUUUGAUUUCGAUCCGGUUCAUUCAAAUCGACUGCUAGUACGUCGUGAGUUAGACCGGGAUACAGAUCGUAAAUUAUGCAGUGAAAGUGGUUGGCCAGAGAUAUGUGCCUGGUCAGGUGUGGUUUUCGUCAGUGAUGGACGUCUACUAAGCCUACGUAUUGUCAUUCGUGAUGUCAACGAUAAUACACCGAAGUGGCCAAGAAGUAAAGAUACUACAGAACAACCGACACUUGAAGUAUGGAUAACAGAAAAUCGUCCUAUCGGUUCAAUUUUAGACCUACCUCUGGCCUAUGACCCAGAUAUUGGUGAAAAUUCAAUUGUCAGGUAUGAACUGGCCUUAUCAAAUGAUAAUAGUACAUCAACUUUUGAUAUCAUCAAUUCACCUAGUCCAAAUGGACCAACUUAUCAAUUAGUUGUUAAAGGCCCACUUGAUCGUGAAGAGAUUCCUGUCUAUCAGCUGACAGUAGUCGCUGUCGAUGGGGGUGGAAAUCGUGGCUAUGCAAAACUAUUUGUGCAUAUUGCCGAUGAAAAUGAUAACACUCCAGUGUUUGAACAUUGUAAAAAUUCAAGUGUUGCAGUACAACAAUGUGAAAUUAUUAUUAACAUUGACGAAGAUAUCCCGGUAGGGAGUAUACUGCCGGAGACACCUGUGGCGAAUGAUAAAGAUGAAGGAGAAUUCGGUCAUGUGACGUAUAGAUUUUCACUGUCUGCGUCUGAUACAGCUAGAAGAGAUUUUAAAAUUGAUCAUGAAUCGGGUGUAAUUAUAGUACGCACACCACUGGAUUAUGAUACAGGCGGUUUAACUCAAUACACCUUUGGUAUUGUCGCUGAAGAUGGUGGCGUACCACCGUUAUCUGCAACCAUGCGAAUUAUAGUGAAUAUUAAAGACAAAAAUGAUAAUUCACCACAGAUAACGAUUACACCCGCAUUUAUACAUGAAGAAGGCCGAUUGAAUGCACAGUAUGAGAAUACAAGCACUAAUAUGACAAAAUCACAAUUACGCCUGAUUGAAAAUACACCGCCUGGUGUACUCAUUGCGACUAUUACUGCCUAUGAUGCUGAUUCAGAUGACAAUGGUAAAUUUACAUGUCAAUUAGGCCAAACAGAUGAACUGAAUUUAGUCUAUUUAAGAAAUCUGGGUAAAAUUAGUGUUUAUCAGUUGAGUUCAUUACGCCUGAUUGAUAGAGAGAUUCAACCAGAGUUAAGAGUUAGUCUAAAGUGUGAAGAUAAUGGAUCACCGAGUCAAAAAUCAGUUGAAUUAUUAACUAUAAAGAUAUUGGAUGUUAAUGACAAUGCACCAAAGUAUACAAAUAAACGAUACAGUUUUCAAGUGAGUCAUAGAUUUUAA